CAGGAUAUCAUGACGGUCGGUGAUCUUCGCGAUCUCCACGAUGAAGAUUGGGCCGGGAUUGGAUUGACUGUAUUUGCUCUUCGUGCGUUGAAAAACAUGUUGAAAGGCAAGAAACUCGCUGGACAAACCAUCACACCUGGCAACGGCACCGGAUCGUUUCCUUCUCCCAUGAGCACUCAUCCUUCACCUCAUAUGACAAAACCCAUAGACGAUGGCAGGCCAUUACCCUAGAAUUUCCAUUUUUAUUUAUUGCUUUUCUUUCUUUUUCUUCUUUCCUGUCCAUGGUGGCAGCAUUCGAGAUUAUACCUAAAAGGCAUCCCUUCCAGGCCUUUUGUCUCUCACUCACUCACUCACUCAUUCACACACACUCUCUCUUGGUGCUUUGAGCUCUUGUAGCAAUCAUGUUUUUCUUUAUUGCUUUUUCUCUCUUUUUUUUAUAUUCAAUUCCAACUUGUAAAUAUGAUAUAGCAACUUUGGAUUUCAUUCUUUUUUCUCACUUUUGAAUGAUUAAAAAACUAAAGAGUGUUUUGAGCUUGACA